AUGACCGAAGUAAUUUUUCUCUGUGCAGUUCUUGGAGUUCUGUUGCAAGGGGUUCAUUUAUCUGAAGCUGAAAUAAAUAAUGUUAAAGCGAAACAUGUUACAGCACGUUUUGGCGAUGAUAUUAUGUCAUGGCUUACUCUUGAUGAGGGAGUUUUAGCAACGGAAAAUACUCCUGUGUAUGGUUUAGUAGAAGAGCCAAAAGUUUCUGUGAACCAACCUGGAUAUCAAAUUAUUGAGCAUAAAGACGCCAUGAAAAAUAUUAUUGCAUACUGGCGUAAAAACAAACCUGAUGCAUUUACUACACCCAGUAAUAAUAAAGCUCCCAAAGCUAAUCAAGAACAGAGCACUGUAGUUAAAAAUAAAAUUCCUGGAGAACCUGCUCGACCCAAAAAUGUGACGGAAAUAAACGAGGAAAUUUCCCAAAUGCUGAAGAUGAACCAUUGGAAAUCAAAUAUAAAAUGUCAAAUAAUUCGGACUACAUCAAAGCCAUAUCCCAGUAUAGUAUAUCCUGAGAUUUUUGUAAUUGUCGACAAUGCGCUAUUCAAAAAAUUGGGCAGCAAUGUGCGUGAUGUUGUCACACAUGUUUUAGCAUAUUGGAACGGCGUAGACAUGUUGUUUCGUAAUCUCGAGAGUCCAAAGUUUCGAUUCAAUAUUAAAGCAAUUCUUAUAGUUGAGGUCCCAACCAGUUUUCCAAAAUUAGAAUACAUUCCAGAACGUAUACAUCCUGAUCAAGUAAUAUUGAUACUUGGCAGAUGGUUGUACCGGUACCAAAGAGCAUUUCCAAUUGAUAGUUACGAUAUCGCUGUUUUAAUGACAUCCAAUAUGUUGUAUGCAAGCGAAACCAGAUGGAGAUAUACUGGUAAAUCAUAUUUAGGAGGGGCAUGUAAAACUUUACACGAAUUAGAACUCGUUGCCAAGACAAUAUCUGUUGGGGAAACUCAUCUAUUUUUGACUAUUCCUUACAUGGCUCAUCAACUAGGAUAUUCGCUUGGAGCUUUCAAUUAUGAACUCGAUGAGGAAUGCCCGUGGCAAUAUGAAACGGAAUGGUCACAGUGCAAUUUGGAUGGUUUAACUCAAUCAUUUGCUACGGAUAAUCUUAGCUGUUUAUACAACGAAAUUCAAGAGCAAGGUACCGCAAUUCCGAGAUUAUUACCUGGAAAAUUGUUCGAACCAAAAAAAAAUUGUGAUGACCUACAAUCGAACACAACUUUCAUAAAGUACGAGGAUAAUUGCACAAAAUUCAAUUGUUGGCAUCAGCCAAGGAGUGAUGGCAGUCAAUCCGGAGUAGAGUAUAAUCAUGGGCUUUUUGAUGGGACUAGUUGUGGUCAAGGUAAAAUUUGUCUCCUUGGAAAAUGUGUGCAAGAAAAUCUCAUGAAUUAAUCAAGUACUUGAAAUUUUCAAUACAAAAUACACGACAUUAUCAACGA